ACAUCCAUCUCAUCUCAUCUUAAACCAAAAUUGACAAAAGAUUUUUUUGUUUCUCUCCUCUUUCAAAUUCUCUCUCUCUCUCUCGCUGCUGCUUCUUCUCUCUGUAUCUUCCUUCUUCUCUUCCACAGUUGCUUUCAAUUCCUCCGCCUCCAAACCCUAGCGCCGCCGCCGGAGGUCCUGCGUUCUCACUCCUUGCUUUUCUCGCCGUCGCCGUCGCUGCGGAACAGAACAUAAAUCGAAGCUUUUAGAUGGCGGAUUCCGAAAUGCAUGAGCAAGAUGCGUUUUUUGGUGAUGAAGCUGUCCUUGUUGACACCAAAUAUUUAGAGGAAGAACCUCUGCAGACAGAAAACUAUCAAAACCCUAGUGAAAACCCCCAGCCCCUUCUUCUCGAGGAUAAGACUCUUACUCUAGAGAGUGAUGUUCAUUUAACUAAUGGAGGUGCUCAGGCUAAUGGUCAUGGGAUGAAUGGUGACCACUCUGGAAGGAAGACUCGUAAGGUGCAAAUAUUGACUCCUAAGCCUGAAGAUGUGAGUGCCAAAAAGCGGAAGUCUUGGCUGCUGACUGAUUCUGAGGCACUGGGAAUUGAUGAAGCAGGGACACCAGAAGAACAAAUGAUGUUUCUAAGAGAAUUGGAGACCUUUCACAAAGAGAAUUACCUGGAUUUUAAAGCUCCUAAGUUUUAUGGACAGCCUCUAAACACUCUCAAGCUAUGGCGAGCAGUCAUCAAAUUAGGUGGCUAUGACGUGGUCACCACAUCUAAGCUAUGGCGACAAGUUGGAGAAUCCUUCCAUCCUCCCAAGACAUGCACAACAGUCUCCUACACAUUCCGCAAUUUCUAUGAGAAGGCACUUUUGGAGUAUGAAAAGCAUUUAAGGAAAAAUGGUGAGCUUAACCUCCCUGGUUCAACAUUCCUUACGUCUUCCAACAGCGAAAAAGAGGCAAGUAGCCAUCAAGGUUCAGGGUCAGGCAGGGCAAGAAGAGAUUCUGCAGCUCGUGCUAUGCAAGGUUGGCAUGCACAGCGUCUUGUUGGAUCUGGAGAGUUUACUGCGCCUGCUGUUAAGGAUAAGGGAUUAAACUCAACCCCAAAGCAUAAGAAACUCAAAAGCAUUGGGCUGGAGAAACACAAAUUACAAACUAGCAUGGACCUUGUUGUUUCAAAUGAAGCUGACAAACAGUCGGCUGCUGAGGUUGUUGAUGUUGGACCCCUUGCAGACUGGGUGAAGAUAAAUGUCAAAGAAACUAAGGAUUCCUUUGAAAUAUUUGCCUUGGUACCUGGACUUCUUCGCAAGGAGGUUCGAAUUCAAUCAGAUCCCGUGGGAAAGGUGGUUAUAACAGGCCAGCCGGAGCAGCUUGACAAUCCUUGGGGCAUUACACCCUUCAAAAAGAUUGUUGACUUAUCCGCAAGGAUUGAUCCGCUUCACACAUCUGCGGUCAUGAGCAUGCACGGGCGGUUAUUCAUACGAGUUCCGUUUGAGCAGUGAUUGAUUUCAAGAGUAAGUGCGGCAUUUGUUCUUAGUGUAUUUUAGGAACUUCACGUGUUUCAAAACCAAAUUGUUAGGCGACUGUUAGCAGUUUUGUAACUUUGAUUUUGAGUCUGAAGACUGAAGUUAGGAACUUGCAAACAAACAUUUGAUCUUACUGUAAGAUUUCUCUUUUGUAAAAGUUGAGAUUAGUAGGUGAAGCUGCUCCAGUUCAAAGCCAUUUUUGGAUACAACCAAUAGUGUGAUGCUUUUGAACCAAAAUUGGAAUGACAUGCUUUUUUGUGUUUUU